UUACGAUCACCACUGCCCUCCAGAGAACAGUCUACUGGGAACUUUUAAAGCAGGCAAACAGAUCAAGCCUAACAUAAACAAGUUGUAGAGAACAGGAAGAAAUGUGAGCCACUUUCCUGGAUAUAAUGAGACCAGGACCAGAAUGAGUUUCUAGGUCAUUUUCUUCAGACAUUACAAAAGGGCAAAAUCCUGGACCUGCCAAGUGCCAAGUGGAUCUGCAGCCACAUAUUAUCUCCACUCACAGCAUGUCUUCGUACAAUAAUCCCUGUGUUCCUACUCCAACAAGCUCCAGCAUAACUCUAGCAGACUGCCAAUAUUUGGAAAAGUCCUAUACUCCUAGUACAUUUGCAGUAGAAUCUCCAGACUAUUUGUGCUGAAUGAACAUGUGAUCAAUGACAGGAAGUUGAAGAAGACAGGCCAAAAGUCCUAUGAUUUUAAUCCAGAUAAAGCCUAUUGAAUCUCAGAUUCAAGGAGGGGCUCUUUCUUCCUACCACCUCAAGCACAAGUCUUAACAUAUAGCCUUUCCAUGGUUCAUCACCUAAACACAUUCUCACACAUGUGCACAAGAAGUUAAUAGUAUUUUUGUUAAAUCUUUGCAUCAUCAAAUUUCAGUUCCAAAAUUCUGUGCAAAAUGGUUAAGAGAGAGAUAAGUGUAUGUCAACAAACGUGGGCCUUAUUAUGGAAGAACUUGCUUAAUAAAAAAAGAAUGAAAAGAGAUACCUUAAUGGAAUGUUUAUAUUCAUUGCUCAUACUUCUGAUGUUAUAUAUAUUUCCUAAUAGUCAUGAAAUUAAUGAUUUUUCAUCACUGUCUACUGUGGACCUGGGACGUAUAGAUUCAUUUAAUGAUUCCUCAUAUGUUAUUACAUACACACCUUUCACCAAUACAACUCAAAGGAUAAUGAAUAAAUUCUCUUCUGCCUCCUUCAUGACAGGAAGAGAAGUAAUGGCCCUUCCAGACGAAGAAAAUAUUACAGAAAUGAUUUCACACCAUUUUGAGGAGAUAGUAGAAGUCAUAUUUACUAGUACUUACUCGUAUAAUUUGAAGUUCAUGAGAGGAUAUCGAAUCCCAAAUAUGAAGGAACAUCAGGACCAUUCAGCACAUUGUCAUAAAACUGAGAACAUUAUUGAUUGUGAAGCUACACAUUUCUGGACAAAAGGCUUUGUGGCUUUUCAAGCUGCUAUUAAUGCUGCCAUUAUAGAAAUCACAACAAAUCAUUCAGUCAUGGAGGAACUGAUGUCAGUUACUGGAAAACAUAUGAAGAUAGAUCUCUUGAUUAGCCAAGGAGGAAUUCUGACUGAUUUCUACAUUCUUGCAUGCAUUAUUUGUUUUUCCCCACUCACUUACUAUGCCUCACUUGGAGUUACAAGAGAAAGGAAAAAGAUGAAAGGUUUAAUGACAAUGAUGGGUCUUCGAAAUUUAGCAUUCUGGCUCUCCUGGGGUGUGCUCUACGCUGGUUAUGUCUUCAUUCUGGCCCUUUGCUUGACGUUUAUUAUAAAGUCCGUCCAAUUUGUCAUCUUGCCUAACUUCAUGGUGGUCUUCCUCCUGUUUCUCUUCUAUGGCUUGUCUUUGAUUGCUUUGACUUUCUUAAUGAGCGUCUUGGUAAAGAAGUCUUUUCUCACCGGCCUAGUGGUUUUCCUUCUCACAGUCGUGUGGGGAAGUUUGGGAUUCACAGCCCUGUACAGACAGCUCCCUGCAUCCCUGGAAUGGAUUUUAAGUUUGUUUAGCCCCUUUGCCUUUACUCUUGGAAUGACUCAGCUCUUACACAUGGAUUAUGAUUUGAAUUCUAAUGCAGAUUCAAUGAGUGACUCAAACAUAAUCAUACUUACAAUUUUCAUGUUGUUCUUUGAUAGUUUCUUCUACCUGACACUGAUGUUUUACUUUGAAAAAAUUUUGCCAAAUGACUACGGACGUCGAUGUUCACCCUUGUUUUUCCUGAAGUGCUCAUUUUGGUCACAACAAAACACAGCUGAUCAUGCGGUCCUUGAGAAUGAAAUAAAGUCUGAUUCUUCUAAUGACUCCUUUGAACCAAUCUCCCCAAAUUUCCAUGGGAAAGAAGCUAUCAGAAUCAGAAAUAUUACAAAAGAAUAUAUAGGAAAGCCUAAAAGAAUAGAAGCUUUGAAAGAUUUGGUAUUUGACAUAUAUGAGGGCCAGAUAACUGCUAUACUCGGUCACAGUGGAGCUGGAAAAUCAACACUGAUAAACAUUCUCAAUGGGCUGUGUGUUCCCACCAAAGGUUUCAUCACUAUCUAUAAUCACAAACUUUCAGAAAUGGAUGACUUGGAAAAUAUCUACAAGCUCAUUGGAGUUUGUCCACAAUGCAAUGUACAAUUUGAUUUUCUAACUGUGAGAGAAAAUCUCAGGCUGUUUGCUAAAAUUAAAGGGAUUCAUCCACAUGAAGUGGAUAAUGAGGUAAAAAGAGUUCUUCUGGAAUUGGAAAUGAAAAAUAUUCAAGAUGUCCUUGCUCAAAACUUAAGCGGUGGACAGAAAAGAAAGCUAACUUUCGGAACUGCCAUUUUAGGAGAUCCUCAGAUUUUCCUAUUAGAUGAACCCACUGCUGGGUUGGAUCCUCUUUCAAGGCACCGAGUAUGGAGCUUCCUGAAGGAGCGGAAAACAGAUCAUGUGAUCCUCUUCAGUACUCAGUUCAUGGACGAGGCUGAUAUCCUGGCUGAUAGGAAAGUGUUUCUCUCCAAAGGGAAGCUGAAAUGUGCAGGCUCUUCUUUGUUUCUGAAAAAGAAAUGGGGAAUUGGAUAUCACUUAAGUUUGCAGCUGAAUGAAAUGUGUGCUCCUGAAAGAAUAACAUCACUUAUUAAGCAACAUAUCCCUGAAGCUAAAUUGCUAGCAGAAAGUGAAGGAAAACUUAUCUGUACAUUGCCCUUGGAAAGAACAAAUAAAUUUCCAGAUCUCUAUAAGGAUCUUGAAAACUGUCCUGACCUGGGAAUUGAGAAUUAUGGCAUUUCCAUGACAACACUCAAUGAAGUAUUCCUGAAAUUAGAAGGAAAAUCAGCUUUUGAUCAAUCAGAUAUGAAUGUUUUAGAAACUGUACAGACUGAUGGGCCUAGAGACCCAGGGAGGCUUGCUGAGAUGGAGCAGCUUGUCUCAUCACUUAGUGAGAUGAGAAAGACAACAGGUAGCAUGGCUCUCUGGCUGCAGCAAGUCUAUGCUAUCGCAAGGGUUCGCUUUUUGAAUCUAAAGCAUGAAAGAAAAUGUCUCCUCAUACUGAUACUGACGUUGGGAGCUGGAAUUCUGCAUGUCUUGGCAGCAAAUGCUCGCAAGGUAUUAAGCCAAGAUGAUUACUGUUGGGAAAUCUCUCCUCACCUGUACUUCCUAGCUCCUGGCCAAAAACCACAUGGCCCCUUCACUAACUUAUUGAUCAUCAAUAAAACAGGUAAAAGCAUUGAUGACUUUAUACGUUCAGUGGGGCAACAGAACAUAGCUUUAGAAGUAGAUGCCUUUGGAACUAGGAGUGGCACAGAUGAGUCAUCAUACAAUGGUGCUAUCAUUGUAUCAGGUGAUGAAAAGAAUUACCGUUUUUCAUUAGCAUGCAAUAUCAAAAGACUGAAUUGCUUCCCAGUUCUUGUGGAUAUUGUUAGUAAUGGGCUCCUUGGAAUGCAUACUCCAUCAGCACAUAUUCAAACUGAUCGAAGCACAUUUCCUGAGGAAAAUGAGCAGGAACAAUUGGAGACCAUGGCCUGCCUCAUCUCAUGGCUAUUUUUAAUGUGCUGCUUUCCUCCUUAUAUUUCCAUGACCAGCAACAAUGACUUUAAGUACAAAGCUCAAUCCCAGCUAUGGGUCUCGGGCCUCUACCCUUCUGCAUACUGGUUUGGGCAGACUCUGGUGGAAGUACCAAUCUACUUCUCAUUCAUUAUAUUUAUGUACAUAGUAUACUAUAUUUUAAAGCUACAUGAGAAUAUAUUUAAAACUGAAGAUCUGUUUAUUCAGACUACGUAUGUUGUUGGCUAUGCCAUGUCACUUACCUUCUUGACAUACGUGAUUUCAUUCAUUUUUCGUAAGGGGAGAAAAAAUAGUGGCAUCUGGUCAUUUUGCUUCUUUCUUAUCACUUUGUUUUCUAUGUUUACAACGGUGAUCCAUGACUUAGAAAAUACAUUAUUGUUUUGUAUCAGUACUUUAAUUCCACCUGCCACGUUGAUCGGCUGCACAGUACUACAUUAUGAGUACCGUGCAUAUUAUGACAUCAUUUCAGAAGACUCAGGGAUGGAACUGAACUUCUUGGUGUUCCUAGUACCUUUCUUUCAUUUUAUCAUAUUCGUUUUUAUUCUUCGUUGCCUGGAAUAUAAACUUGGAAACAAAACAAUGAGAAAGGACCCCAUCUUUAGAAUAUCUCCAAGAAGCAGUGAUGCACAUCAAAAUCCGGAAAACCUAGAGGGAGAGGAUGAAGAUGUUCAGAUGGAAAGAGUGAGAACAGCAAAUGCUUUGACUUCUCCAAACCUUGAAGAGAAACCAGUCAUUAUUGCCAGCUGUCUACGCAAGGAGUAUGCAGACAAGAAGAAAUGCUUUUCCAAGAAAAAGAAGAAAAUAGCAACUAGAAAUAUCUCUUUCUGUGUUAGGAAAGGUGAAAUUUUAGGGUUAUUAGGACAUAAUGGAGCUGGUAAAAGCACAUCAAUUAAGAUGAUAAUUGGAGACACUAAACCAAGCGCAGGACAGGUGCUACUGAAAGGGAGCAGCAGAGGAGACACCCUGGGGUUCCUGGGGUACUGCCCUCAGGAGAAUGCACUGUGGCCCAGUCUGACAGUGAGACAACACCUGGAGGUGUUUGCAGCCGUGAAAGGGCUGAAGAAAGCAGACGCCAACAUCGCCAUUUCACGAUUGGUGGAUGCACUCAGGCUGCAGGACCAGCUGAAGGCUCCCGUGAAGACCUUAUCUGAGGGAAUAAAGAGGAAGCUGUGCUUCGCGCUGAGCAUCCUGGGGAGUCCAUCGGUGGUCCUUCUGGAUGAGCCGUCGACCGGGAUGGACCCCGAGGGGCAGCAGCAGAUGUGGCAGGCAAUCCGGGCCAUCUUCAGAAACACAGAGAGAGGCGCCAUCCUGACCACGCACUACAUGUCAGAAGCCGAGGCUGUGUGUGACCGAGUGGCCAUCAUGGUGUCUGGACGGCUGAGAUGCAUUGGUUCUAUUCAGCACCUGAAAAGCAAGUUUGGUAAGGAAUAUCUGCUGGAGAUGAAGGUGAAGAUGCCUGAGCAGAGGGAGCCCCUCCACGCUGAGAUUCUGAGGCUCUUCCCCCAGGCUGCGCGGCAGGAGAGGUACUACUCUCUGAUGGUCUAUAAAUUGCCAGUAGAGGAUGUGCAACCUUUGUCACAGGCAUUCUUCAAACUAGAGACAGUUAAACAGAGCUUCGACCUGGAGGAGUACAGCCUCUCACAGUCCACCCUGGAGCAGGUUUUCCUGGAGCUCUCCAAGGAGCAGGAGCUGGAUGACUUGGAUGGGGAGCUUGAUCCCUCAGUGAAGUGGAAGCUCCUCCCGCAGGAAGAGCCUUAAAGCCACAGUAUCUUCUGUGUGCCUGUUUAAGCCCAUGGUGGUUUUUAUUCUAGAGACAUUUGUUUUUAUAGUCUCAGCUGAUAUUUUUAGCAACUGCAUCAUAAACACUGAGAUGGUUGUUUUAUGUGGUGGAAAGGAAGUGUAAGUGUUGGCCAAGAGCAGGACAAGAGCAGUGUGGACAGAGGCACGUGACCAAGCUGAGCUCAGCAGCAUAGCCUCCGUAGCUCUGCAGGCCACCCUGGUUCCAUUUCUCUGUAUAAUGCUGAAUAUGUAUGUUUGCCAUUUUAAGAUUAAGUUUAUGUGUAUAAUAAAAAAAGUUUUAUUUAAAUGUUUUUAAUAAAAACCUUAAAACACAUUUUUCUAACCUGGACUGAAAAGUCCACAUAUUUACUCUCUGGAAGUAUAAUACAUGGUAAAGUUGAUAUUUUCACAACAGUUAAUGUCUUAAAAUAGAUUUUAGUGCUUUUAAAAAGUAAAUAUUCAAACAUCAUUGUUCAUAAUAAAUGAUACCAAUAUAUUUGAUAAUAGCUCCACUGGUAACACUAUGAUACAGAUAUAAUCUAAUAACCAAAAACUUGCUACUAGAAAUUUAUUGAACUUUGAAAAUUGCUGUAAGCCAACUAUGUCCUGUGUUCAUUAUGUUCUGAAAUAUAGACUUUGGCAAUGCCUACAUUGUAAACUGAUCAUUCAGAGAAUAAUAAAUUUGAGAAAUGUGGUAACAUCUCAAAUGACUGAGUAGGUAGAAAAUGUAAAAUAAAAGACACGUAGCUUUGAAAUGUUUUAUGUUUCAUGCAUUUUAUGUGUUUUUUCUUAACUCAGUGGAUUCCUAUUUACUAGAGUCAUUGACAUAUCAUUAAAAAUAUUUUAUUGUAUACGUAUAAUUGAUAACAUUGACUAUUAAAGGUAUAGAUACGAAA